UACUACUUAUAACCAGUUGGUAGCCUCAAAAUAAUAUGAUAUUACUUAGAAAGUACUCCUGAGGCUCUUUUGGGUGUAACGUUGCGACAAAGAAAGAGAGGAACUAAGAAGAGGGUGUAUAUAUUCUGGGUCAUUGAAAAAUCACAGAGGGAUAUUGUGCUCCUGUGACUUCUCCGUUUCCCUUCACAACAGCUUCACCUCAGUAGCGAAGGUAGAGACUGAGACAAGCCACAGAGCUCUUCCUUGGAUUUCUACUCUAAUAGAAACUAUCAGCUGACAAAAUGGGAUGCUUUGGAUUCCUCAAAGGCAUGAUGUUUGUUUUUAACGGCAUCAUCUUUCUGGCAGGGAUUGCCAUCCUGGGUGUAGGAAUCUGGGUAAAGGUUGACAGCGGCUCCAUCUUUAACUUCUUAGAAGAAAUUGAAGAUGUUCCACCAGAAAUUAAUCAGGUGCUCAAUGUGGGAUACCUAUUGAUUGCCAUUGGUGGUGUCCUUGUGAUCAUCGGGUUCCUUGGCUGCUGUGGGGCCAUCAGGGAGAGCAAGUGUAUGCUGAUGCUGUUCUUUAUCAUAAUCUUGUUGGUCUUCAUCGCGGAAGUCGCAGGGGCGGUGGUUCUUCUGGUGUUCCAACCUCUGGCGGGGGAAAUUCUUCAAAAGUUUGGCGAUGAAGUGGUCAAGAACAUCAAGGAUCAAUAUGGGAAAAACGACGACAUUACUGGACUCUGGAAUUCUACCAUGGAUACGUUACAAUGCUGUGGAUUCUACAACUACACAGACUUCAAAGGUUCCCCGUAUAAUAAUCAGGGUGGUAAAUAUCCGACGCAGUGCUGCCAGAGCGACUUGCCCUGUAUUGAAGCUACAGCUAUCGUCAAAAAUAUAGAUGGAUGCUUUCAUAAGAUCGAGAAGCUGAUUAGUGAGAACACAAAUGUGAUUGUGGCGGUUGGUCUUGGGAUUGCUGCCCUGGAGGUGUGUGCCAUGAUUGUCUCAAUGAUACUUUACUGCAAAAUCAAGUCCUGAAGGGCCAAACCAUGAGCAGUUGGGCGUCACUUUAGGCACUGAAUUCCUUUUACUUCCUACUUCCUGAGUCUCAUUGGUGGAAACAUCCAGUGUAAUUUUAGGUCUUUUGCAAUCAAAGACAGCUGAAUGAUAUUUUAAAUUAUACUUUUUUUGUUAAAUAAAUCAUUAAAAAUCAAUCUAUGAACUACAUAUAUGUUAUUGUACAGUAUAUAUCAGAGAGGGCUAAAGCAUUUAACACACAUUCAGUUAUUGGGGAAUUACAUGGUACAGUAUCUGUAAUAAUGAAGCAAAAGCUGGUUGUUGUGUUUAAGUGUAAAGAUGAAUAAAACCUUUUUUGUAUAAUAAAGGUAACAAAAAUAGUUGUUUUUAUGUUGUAAAGUGAUUCGUAUUCAUAAUAAAGU